CCGUGCAGAAUGAACACUUGCCACUUUUUCUUCCUUCAUCCCACAUAUCAUCUGUCAGAACAAAUGACCUUUCUUCAUCAAUCUUGACCCUAUGUUGAUACCACAUCGUUAUAACCCCACCGCAGCAACGUAAACACAUUCAUUCACUUUGGUCUUUUUCCUUUGUGUCUCGUUGCACACUAAUCGUUUUAGAACCUUCAAAGUCAUUGUCUUGUCGUUUUAGUGACGGUCAUCCAGGGGUAAUUGGUCCACGUGGUAUUCGCGGUCUUCAAGGAGACAGAGGUAGCAGCGGUGCACUUGGACCACCUGGACCACCGGGAGCGCCUGGACCAGUGGGAAAUCAGGGAAGCUGCAAACACUGUCCAGUUAUCGAAAAGCCAGCGCACACACCUCACUCGCCGGCUCAGCAACCUCCGUCAUACGCUAACCAGCGCCAAGUAACCGCCAGUCCGUCUUUGGGUUACGGUGAAGAAUCUGCACCCAUCUUACCACCACCUACAUACAGAUCGUCUUCUUACGAGGAAUCACCACUUCCUCCCGCACCUGUAAGUAAGGGUUACGGGGACCGAAGGAGUCAAACCUACGGAGAUUCUCCAACUCGUUCUUCGUCUACCCAACACUUGUACGACUCUUACGGAGAGGAACCGGCGCCACCUGCAUCGGCAUCGAAGGCUUACCAGACCGAAAGUGGAAGCUACCGUUCGUCUUCUUACGAAGAGACUGCGCCAUCACCUUCGCCCAUCCGAGCUUCUUACGAGGAUACAGCGCCGCAACCACCUUCUUCUGUAACAUACGAAGCUAAGAGUCUCAUCCCAUCAAGCCCCUCUAGACCAGCAACAACUCGCGCCAUAAAACCAAGACCUGCGCCAACUACUACCACCUCCACUACCACCACCACUACCAGAAAGCCGACCACUACCACCAAGGCGACAACUACAACAAAAGCGACUACUACGACUAAAGCAACAACUACCACAAGGACAACUACCACUACAACACCAGCGACAACUACCACUACCACCGCCACCACCACUUCGGCUACACCUGCGCCGACAACCCAGGAUUCACGCUUGUACGUGGACGUGCCGUUACCGCAUCAGCUUCAGGUUCAAGCAGCUCGUGUGCCCUAUCACCCGCACGUUGUGAGCAUCUACGAUGACGAGCCCGUUGAGCCUGUCAUUCCGCAAUUGCGACGUAAACCCGUGGGGAACAUUGCGGGAAAUCAGUUCGGAACCAUGCCUACAUUGUCCGUGCACGAGUCAAUCGCACCAUUUCAACCAAAAACGAUUCGAACCAAACAGGGGUACAAUGUCCAGAUCGUCGGUAGUUCAUACAGUGCGAAUCCCGUCGGUCGAACAUGGGACGCAUCUACGCCCAAAGUGUACAACCCCUCCAACUACGAACAGUUGGCACCACCGGCGCCACGAUAUUCGCGCAAGUAAAGAUUGCGGAGAAGACGAAGCUAGUACUAGUGCUGUGUUACUUUGGUAUUCGGUUAUGCUCAAUUUUGUAUACAUGCUAUAUUUUAUUUCGGGAAGACUCGGAGACGAGGAUUAAACUGUGACAUUUUUUUCGACAUUUUAUUUGUAUAGCCUGUAUGGAUUAUGGGUUUCUUGAAGUUGUUAUUUAUGC